AGGACAAAGGUAGUCUCUGAGGAAGGACAUCUUCCACCACACCAGCUGUCCGACUAACGGCUUCUGUCCUGUGUAAUCGGCCUCAGAAUACUUUCCAGACGCUGUCUCCCAGACAAAAUGUGAUAAUUUCUUAAUAAUGAUUGGGGAAAAUUGAACCAAACAUUGGACUCGGGCCCCAGGAAAUAGCAAAUUCCUGAGACUUCCUAAGAAUCAAUUAGUGGCCAGAGAGCAGUAGAAGGGCUGACUCAACGAUCCCACAGGGCCUAGGCUCUGGACCUUGAAGAAUACUGUUCCAGUGUUAUUCAACUUUUCAUAGUGCUUGGAAGCAUCACUCUGAAUAUAUCGCCUCCCGGCGGCCGCCAAAUCAAGGACUACAUUUCCCAGAGGGCUUUGCUCCCUGGCGGUUGCUGUUGAACCGGGAUGUGUCUAGGAAUCAGAAGCCAUACACAGUCUGGCCGUCCACUUUGGAGCGUCAACUUUCACUGCGCUGAGAUGUUUGGGUUCCUGCUACUGCUCUCUCUUCCCUUCAUCCUGUACUUGGUCACGCCAAAAAUCAGGAAUAUGCUGUCCAGUGGGGUGUGCACAUCUAAUGUCCAGCUUCCCGGGAAGGUAGCCAUCGUCACCGGUGCUAACACAGGCAUUGGAAAGGAGACAGCUAAAGACCUGGCCCAGAGAGGAGCCCGUGUGUAUUUAGCUUGCCGGGACGUGCAAAAGGGAGAACUUGUGGCUAGUGAGAUCCAAACCAUCACAGGGAACAGUCAGGUCUUCGUACGGAAACUGGACCUAGCUGACACCAAGUCUAUUCGAGCCUUUGCCAAAGACUUCUUAGCUGAGGAAAAGUAUCUGCACAUUUUAAUCAACAAUGCGGGUGUGAUGCUGUGUCCUUACUCGAAGACUGCAGAUGGCUUUGAGAUGCACUUUGGAAUCAACCACCUGGGCCACUUCCUCUUGACCCAUUUGCUGCUAGAAAAGCUGAAAGAAUCAGCUCCCUCAAGGGUAGUCAAUGUGUCUUCUUUGGCACACCAUUUGGGAAGGAUCCACUUCCACAACCUGCAGGGUGAGAAGUUCUACAAUGGAGGUCUUGCUUACUGCCACAGCAAGCUAGCCAACAUUCUCUUCACUAAGGAACUGGCCAGGAGGCUGAAAGGCUCUAGAGUGACAACAUAUUCUGUCCACCCUGGCACAGUCCAUUCUGAAUUGACUCGGCACUCGUUUCUUCUGCGAUGGAUUUGGCAGCUUUUCUUCUUUUUCAUCAAGACCCCUCAACAGGGAGCUCAGACAAGCCUGUACUGCGCCGUGACCGAAGGCCUCGAGAGCCUAAGUGGCAGUCAUUUCAGUGAUUGCCAAUUGGCAUGUGUCUCUAGCCAAGGUCGCAAUGAGAUAGUAGCCAGGCGGCUGUGGGAUGUGAGCUGUGACCUGCUGGGCCUCCCAAUGGAUUGGUAAGUAGUGGUUUGGACUCAAAAGAAGAUUGGAGGAGAUGAUGAUGAUUGUCCUUCAAAGUGGCCAAAACCUUGAACAUGAAGAGCGCAGAACUUCAAGCCUUGCCCACUUGGCACCCAGUUAAAUCCCAGUACACUGCCAGGUUCCUCUAAACCUCUUGAGUUUGUACUGACUUACUUUGUUCCUGCUCUUGCCAGUGUUUCUUCUAGUGGUAUCACCGACUAAGACAGAGAACUUUUGUGUGACCUACAUAGCUCCUCUUUUCCUUUGAAAACUACUCCUAACCAGGAGCACAGAAGCCCUAUGAAGAUUGGUGCAUGGCAAUGUGAAUUAGAUGGAGCUCCUCCCAGCCAACCAUCCUUUCCUUGAAGAACUCCAUUGUAACCACAGCCAAACCUCAGAAGUCCAGGGACCUGGCUCAAGAACAGGUCUUUGUGGUCCCAACAUCUGAAUACUUAAAAGUUCUUACUAAAUCUGGCAGUCUGAAGCUUUUGCUAGUGAGACACUCUCUAUGUCCAGACUACAGAAGAGCUUCCUUCUCUAGGACGUCUGUGGAAUUUGAAGGCAGAGAUAAAAAUAAAGCCAAAUGGUCACCUUCAUGCUGUUUCUCAGGCUAGUAAGGAGGGAAUGAAAGGAACAUCAUGAGACGAUAGGUCACUGGGGUCAGUUAGAGACCCCAGACCCACAGAGGCCUUUUUUUUUGUGCCUUAGUUUCUCUUAGGAAACUAGAAAAGGAAAGGCCUUCUCAUUGCCCUUGUGUCGAUUGUGUGUGUCUUCUUGUGAAUUCAUGCAGUUGGACGCUUUUCCAUAAAAUUCACAAUAGCCACAAAGGAAAAAUCUUUAAUCAGACUGUAAUGUAGAGAAAUUACCAGAGAUGGAACAAAUCACUGUGGAGUUUUUGAGUGCAGCUGCAAAGUGAGGGAGACACUCUCUGUGUUGUAAUCGCUUACUGAGAAGCACAGAUGCCACAAGGGAAGACGUUCAAAAGAAAAAUCCUAGGAUAACGUGUUAAUGAACAGGUUAGCUAAGGAUCUAAAACUAUAACAGAAAGGCAGUAAUAGACAGUGAUAGAAAAGCACACUAUCUUAAUCACCAAUCAGUGUGGCAAGAAAAUGUCCAAAGCACAAGAGCGAAACCAAGUCUCUGUUCAGAAAUGUUAUCCUAAGGAUUGGUAAUUAUAGUCAGUUCAUAAUCUCUCAGAGCAUUUUCUUACCUUAGCUUAACAAGAUGUCCAUUUUAGGAGUGCGUAUGGAGAGAUGGGAUGGCUUAGUAAUGCCUGCUGUUCUAGAGGACCCUUGUUCAAUUACUAGGACCCAAAUGGUACCCACAACCAUCUAUAACCUCAGUUAUAGAUGAUCUAGAGGAUCAGACAGCCUCAUCUACCUCCACAGGCCCUGCAGGAAUAUGGUGCACAGAUACACAUGCAGGCACCCAUACAAAUAAUUUUGUAAAAAAAAGUCAAUUUUGACAUGGGGGGAGUGUGCUCUCCUGGAAUGUGUGAGGCCCCUGGGUUGGAUCCCAGCACUGCAAAAGAAAGUAGAGAUAGCUUCAAAUUUCUAAAAUUUGGAGAGCUUCUAUCAAAAGCAAUACAGACAAAGGGUGUCAGGAAUCCUUCAUGUUCCUAUCGCUUGUUUGGAGGAUGCUAUUCUAAAGAAGUUUGCCAUUUUCUUGGGCUGACAAUUAUAUUUUAAGCUUGAAUAUGUAAGAUUGACAGGACCACAAUCUUUAACUUCUAAUAUUUGUAAAUUGAUUUUUAUGGGUUUGUUCUGACCAAUAAACUUAUUUUAAAAUUAUUUUAUGGGGAUAUUGGAAAACUUUUGACAAUGCAGUGAUUAAUCGAAAUAAUAUUUUACUUAAUGUAUAUUCACUUGUCAAUGAAAAUAAAGGUUCCUUUCAAUUA